CAUCCCUGGCUGAGGCAAACUCGUUCAGCCCUUCAAUGCCAACAUCCCCCGCAUCUAUGAUAAACCAGUACAAAUUUGAAGAAGAACCAGAAUUAAGAGAUCUCUUCAUUACAGUUGAUGAUCCUGAAAGCCACAUUACAGCCAUUGAAACAUUUAUUACAUACAGAGUAGUCACAAAGACAUCUCGCUCUGAAUUUGACUCCAGUGAAUAUGAAGUUCGCAGGCGGUAUCAGGAUUUCCUCUGGCUGAAGAGCAAACUGGAAGAAGCACAUCCAACACUGAUUAUUCCUCCAUUGCCUGAAAAAUUCAUAAUGAAAGGAAUGGUGGAACGAUUUAAUGAUGAAUUCAUAGAGACUCGAAGAAAAGCUUUACAUAAGUUUUUGAAUCGCAUUGCUGAUCAUCCAACUCUAACUUUUAAUGAAGACUUCAAAAUUUUUCUUACUGCACAGGCCUGGGAACUUUCAUCACACAAGAAGCAAGGUCCAGGUUUGCUGAGCAGAAUGGGACAAACUGUAAGAGCUGUAGCAUCCUCAGUAAGAGGAGGAGUUAAAAAUCGACCUGAAAUGUUUACAGAAAUGAAUGAUUACAUGGAGACAUUUAGUCAGAAAAUAAAUGUAUUGGACAAAAUAGCUCAUAGAAUUUACAAGGAAGAAAGGGAGUAUUUUAAUGAAAUGAAGGAAUAUGGCCCCAUCCACACUCUUUGGUCGGCAUCAGAGGAAGACAUAGCAGACUCCCUGAAAGGUGUUGCCAGCUGCAUUGACAGGUGUUGCAAGGCUACAGAGAAACGAAUGGCAGGGCUCUCGGAAAACCUGCUGCCAAUUAUACAUGAAUAUGUUCUCUACAGCGAAAUACUCAUGGGUGUUUUGAAAAGAAGAGACCUAAUUCAAGGCGAGCUCGAUUCCAAAGUUGACGCACUAGCCAGUAAAAGGGCAGAAAAGGAUGCGAUCACAGAAGAAAUUGGGAAACUUGAAGACAAAGUAGAAUGUGCCAAUAAUGCUCUGAAAGCUGACUGGGAGAGAUGGAAGCAAAACAUGCAAUAUGAUAUGAGAUCAGCAUUCACGAAUGUGGCUGAGAAUAAUCUCCAUUAUUAUGAAGAGUGCCUUGCUACCUGGGAGUCCUUCCUAACAUCUCAAACAGUGGAUCUUCAUGUGGAAGAAGAUUCUGAAGAUCAGUCUUGAGUAAUCUUGGGUUCAUCUGCCUUUGCCCUGCAGUUUCUCCCAACCAAAGAAGUGCUCUUUACAUGAGAUCAGAUACAUUAUUAAAUAUAACUGUUAAAAGUCAGUGACACGCAGAAAACCAGCUUAUUGAAAACUCAGGUAUUCUAGUGUCCUGAAAUACUUUCUGAAUCAUGCUAUAUAUUGCUUUAUAUUGCUCAGUUGUGACUUUACAUAUUUUUAUGCAAGUGUUUGCAUACAAAUGUUUUCAUAAAUACUGCA